AUGUAUAACUCGUGCUCUGUUUCUCCACAUAUAGAAAGACUCCAAAUUAUUCGAAAGGUACAUUCCAGUUAUAUUAUGCUUAAAUUAUACUUAAUUAUCACUCUUAUCAUUUUUGAAAUAAUAAAUAAUCAAGUAGCAGGACAAGUGACUAAUACCUGUAUUAAUUCUGAUAUAAAAAGUAGAAAAAUUUUGUUGAAUGGAAAACAAUCAACUGUCUAUUGUUCAUCAUGUUUACCCUAUAGAUCUCGUUCAAAACUACGUUACAAAUCUUCUACAUGUCGACGUUGGUGUUCACAAAAGGCAUUUUUGAGACAAGAAGAAACCGAAGAAUAUGUUCAAUUAGAGUUACCUACACCGGCAAUACUCGGUGCAAUUUUUGUACAAGGACAAAAAUAUUUAACCUAUGGUAAAAAAUACAGUGGCAUAUAUACAAUUGAAUAUCGUCGAACAAAAGAUGGACCGUGGUUAGGUUACGGUCAACGAAGAAAUCGAAAGAUGUUUGUGGAAAAAAAAGUAUUAAAUUUCAACAGAUUAUCAAAUAAAACGGGUCUAACACCAUUUAUUGUGGCUAGUGAGAUUCGAAUUAUUUUAUCACGAAAGAAUCCACCACCUUGUCUAAAAAUUGAAUUAUACGGAUGUAGAUACGAUGGUGGUCUAAUAUCUUAUAGAAUGGCACAAUCUGUUCAACGUGAUUACAUCUAUGAUGGCAUUAUUUCGAACACAAGUUUAAGAGGUGGUUUAGGAAUGUUAACGGAUAAUGAUCCUUUAAAAUAUUUACAAUGGCCUAGAAAUGCUUCAACUAACUCUCAAAUAUUUCUAUUUGCUUUUAAUUGUAUACGUCGAUUUCAAUCAACUGAAAUUGUAUUACGUUGUAUCAAUGAUGAUAAUGUGAAUGUUGACAGUUCAUCAUUGUUUUGUUCAUACAAAUUGAAUAUUGGCUUUUUUGAUAGUUCAAAGAUAGUUCGUUAUAGAAAAAAUGAACAAAUAUGGUCUAAUGUGUAUACAAUGAAUAUAAACGAACAUGAUGAAACAACAUUAUUAUUAUCGUUGAACGAUAAAAUCGGACAAUUUAUUAUUAUACAAAUAACCGUUGAUGUUCACCAUUCACUCUUACUGAGUGAUAUAAAAUUUAAUAGUCACAAUGAUGUAUUACUACAAUGUACACCACCAAGUUAUGCAUUCAUUGAAGGACAUUUACAUAAAUUAGAGCAAAUAGUCGAUUAUUUUAUCAAAUAUAGUCAAUUUCAGCGUAAGAAAACCAUGUCUGCUCAUUCAUUUAUGUGA